AAUUUUUGGACUUUUUGUGUUCGCUUUGUAUUUCUUGGUACUGUUAUUUAUUUUUAUUUUUAGAUACUACUACAGUACCUAGUAGUUAGUACUUACUCUUUAGUAUUUAAUAAUUUAUGAAUUUAUUAUAUGUGCAAUAAAUUAUUUACUCCUUCCGUGUCAGUUCGAAACAAUUGAGUACUUACUUGUUUAGUUGUUUAGUGGUUUGUGCCAGAUGCGCCAGACGCGCGAUUGUUGGCCCUCGGCAGUCGUCUUGAACCAUUUAACUGCUUUUACAUUUUAGUAUGAUAUUAUACGAUGAACCUAAGACAGCCCAUACCUAUUUUAAUUCAAUUUGAGUGAAUCCGACGCCAAUAGUGUACAUAAUAAAAUAUUAAACCUAAAACGAAAAUAUGGCUGAGCUGGAAAGUGAAGAUAGUUCAGAUGGUACAUUAGUAAUCGAUGAACCGAAUUAUGAUAAUCAAACAAUUGAAAUAUUAGAUCAUUCAGAUUCAGAUGUGGAAAUUGUUGAAUUAGAUGAUGAUAUUGUAGAUAACUCAGAUGUGGAAAUUGUUGAACUUGAUGAUGAUAUAGAAGAUAAUUCGGAUGUGGAAAUUGUUGAAUUAGACGAUCGUAUAAAAAAUACUUCUACUUUGUUGAAUCCUUCAGGUUUAUCCACAAAAAUCAGUUUAACAUGUAAACUAUGCUCUAGAAUAUUUAUGACUAACAAUGAUUUACUCAACCACAUUAGAAAGUUUAAAGGAAGGAUAGGAGGUUGUACCAAUUUACCAAGAAAUUUACCAAAUAAUACGAUAGAAAAAAGAAAAACUACUGAAAGGCCUGAAUCUGAGCACUUAAUUAUUAAAAAGAAACGCGGGAGGCCACCAAAAAAGCAUAAUGUUAAUGGACCUCAGUAUCCUGUACCUGUUCUUAAACCUGUUCCUAAAACUAUUCCUCUAUGUCGUCCUUCAAUACCAGAAUUAAUACCAAUAAUCUUCAAGUCUGUUACUAGACCUACUAUUGAAACAAUUAAUAACAAUACUUUACCAUCUCUGCGACAAAUAUUAGUUGAUGAAAUUGAACCAGAAUAUCCGUGUACAAUGUGUGGUGAAAUAUUUCGUCAUAAUAUUGGCCUUAUAUGUCAUUUGGAUACUGAACACAAAAAUGAAACAACUAAUAAAGAAGACACAGAUAAAAAUAAAAAAUUGGGUGUAAAAAAGCGAAUUAUGAAGAAAAAUCUUGUUAGCGAAAUUAAGCAGAUAGAAAUUUAUGAACCCAUAUCAGAUACCGUUGAUUUAACACUAGUCCCAGAUUUAAAAAAAGACAGUUUGAUGAAUCGAAUGAAAUCCUACGUGUAUAGUCUCAACAAAAACCAAGCAAUUUGUCUUCUAUGCAAUAUAGACUUCAAGAAUACCAAAAAAGCUUUAGCUCAUGUUGAAGAUAAACAUAUAAUGGAUAAGAUUGAAUGUGGAUAUUGUAAUAUGAAAUUUGUGUUUGAAUUAAAAUUAAGAAGUCAUAUGGCGAAAAGACAUAAAAUAAUUGCUGUUUAUAAAUGUGAUAAAUGUUCAAAGAUGAUAAAUAAAGAAGAAUGUGAUUUACAUUCAGAAAAAUGUAAAGGAAAAGUGAACCCAACAAUAAUCAAAAGAGAAGAAGAUAAUAUCUAACAGUUAAUAAAUUUAAAUUAUUUAGUGGUAAGUAACAAUGUUAAUCUAAUACCAAAGUAAAAACAUAAUAAAAAGUAAUCAUUUAAAAUAUAUUAUAUAGGUAGUCAUAAUACUUAGAAUAACAAUUAUAACUAUACUUUGUUCCAAAAGAGAAUAUAUCAGGCUGCGACCAGUUUCUGUCAGGCGGUGCACAUCCCCACAUAACAGCAUAUUUGACCAUAUGGUGACCGGUGGAAGGUGAAAAAAAUGCACAGAACUGGUAUAUUUUUUUUUGGAAUGGAGAAUAUUUAUCUAUGUUUUAUUUUUAAUUAUAAAUGUGAAACCUUAGUGUAUGAGUCCCAAAAGUAACAUAAAUAAUUAUAUAUAUAUACAUAUAAUGUGUUCGAUGAAUGCCGAAUGUUUUAUUUUAGAAUUGGGGGAAUUAAAGUAUGUACCUAUAGUUGGUUGUUUACAGUUUUCAUUUUUUAUUUAAAGUCAGCAUUUUACUUAUGAAAAACUCAAGUUAGAAAUUCUAUGAAAAUGAAGACAACAAGAUACCAAUUUGUUAAUGUGAAAGAUACAACAAUGGGUUUUCAGUAUUAAUUUAAAUAAAAAAGAGUAUUCAAAUAUAUGUGUUGGUGAAAGUGGGAUGUUACUUAAACAUAAGUGUUUAAUAACAUUCUGCUGUAAGAUAGUUAUAUAUUUGAUUACUUAAUUAUUAUUCAAUCAGCAUAUCUGAGUGUCUUAAUAAUAAUAAUAAUAAUAAUAAUAGAGUAGUCUAACCUUAAGUUAAAUGAUUUGAAUCAUUUUUUUUUAAUGUAUGUGGAUAAAAAUAAUAUUCAUUUUAUCUAGUAUCUACGUAGAUAUUUACUUCAGAUUUAACUCUGUACUAUUAAUUACUUAGUAUGUCUAGGUAACUGAAAUUUUGAUGAUAAUAUUAUACUCAAUUUAAAUUAAAUUAUUAAAUAUUUACAUAACUAUUUUUAGUACCUACAUAAGAAAUUGUAAAAAAC